CCACUCCAUAUCGCUUCACUCGAUUUUCCAGUUUCCCUCCCUAUGCCGCUGUCUGUUUCUAUUUCUACAAUAAUGUGGACUCCAGUUUUAUAGCUGAAAGCAGAUCCACCGGAGACCGGAGCUGCCGUCCAACCUCUGCCCUUAGAAAAAACCGUAAAUCCUUCUCUUCUCCGCGCUACUCUUUUUUCUUGGACGAGUAUGGAGUCUCCUUCUCUCCUCCCGGUUCCCGAGGAUUCCAAUAAACUAUGGAAUACAAUAUGCAAUGCCCAUUUUGGUAUUUCCUGUGGAUUUGAUUGUGAAGUUGGGUCUUCUAGUUUACAGACCCAAUGUAAGAAAAGAAGAAUAUCUCCAGACAAUGAUAAAUCAUGUGGAAUUUUAAGGCAGAUUGUAUCUUCACUACCCAUAUUGCGCUCAACUGAUUACUAUAUGGAACCUUCCUUGACUUAUUUGGCUGCCCGAGAACUUAUGGAUCCUGGUUAUAUCUGCCGAGUUCCAGAUUUCACUGUUGGGAGAUUAGGUUAUGGACGUGUCAAGUUUCUUGGCAUGACUGAUAUUAGGUGGUUGGACUUGGAUGAGAUUGUGAAGUUUCAUAGGCAUGAAAUAGUAGUUUAUGAAGAUGAAACUGCUAAACCUCCAGUUGGCCAGGGCCUUAACAAGCCUUCUGAAGUGACAUUGACUCUACAUAUAAAAUUGUCAGAGUUCCAUGACGGGCAGCUUAAAAAUUUUGAGGAGAAAUUGAGGGGGAGUACAGAGAGACAGGGGGCUUAUUUCAUUUCGUUUGACCCAGCAAUUAGGGAAUGGAAGUUUUCAGUUUGCCAUUUCAGCAGAUUUGGAUUGAGUGAUGAUGAUGAGGAAGAUAUCAUAAUGGAUGAUAUCGUAGCAGUUGAAGAACCAGCUGAGAUGAAUGGUGGUGAGACUCUAGAGACAAAUGAAAAGACCCAAGUAGAAUUAGAACCCACUGGAACUAUGCUUUAUCAUUCUCUUCCAGCACAUCUUGGCCUUGAUCCGGUAAAGAUGAAAGAGAUGAGGAUGCUGAUGUUUCCAGUAGAGGAAGAUGUGGAAGUUGGGAGUUUCAAUGGCCAUUCACUUCAGAAACCAUCAUCUAGUAAAGAACAUGCAAGACAUCCUUUACAGAAUUCUGCUCAGAAAAUGAGUCAUAGAUCUAGCAUUCCUGUUGCAAGGAAAACACCAUUGGCUCUGCUUGAGUACAAUCCUGGUAGUUUUGAUUCUAGUUCCCCUGGAACCAUUUUGAUGACCCAACAAAAUAAGGGCCUGCCUUUAAAGGCAAUGAGGGGAGAAGGAUUUAGGCUGGACUUGAAUCAUGAGACACCAAUAACUGGAAGCCACUCUCGCAACAUAGUUGAUGCUGGUUUGUUCAUGGGCAGAUCAUUUCGUGUAGGUUGGGGCCCAAAUGGCGUCCUUGUUCACCCUGGUGCUCUUGUUGGAUCUAAUGGUUCUCAGAGGUUUUUAUCUUCUGUAAUUAAUGUAGAGAAGGUUGCAAUUGACAGAGUAAUCAAAGAUGAAGAUAAUAAUACCAAAAAGGAUCUAAUUGAGUUUGCUUUUGACUCCCCUUUGAAUCUUCACAAAACAAUAAAUCAUGAAACAAAAGAAGUUGAAGUCGGUUUCUUUAAACUUAAGCUCCAAAAAGUUCUUUCUAAUCGCUUAACACUGUCAGAGAUUUGUCGGAGUUACAUAGACAUUAUUGAAAAGCAGCUGGAGGUUCCAGGGCUUUCAUCAUCUGCUCGUUUGAUUUCGAUGCAUCAAGUGAUGAUUUGGGAAUUGAUAAAAGUUCUUUUUUCUGAAAGGGAAAAUAGUGGACAGUCGAAAUCAGUGGGUGCUGAUAAUGAGGAAGACAUGAUGCAGGAUAUGAAGGAAGGUUCUUUGGAAAUUGACCAGGAAUCACUUCCUCUUAUCCGAAGAGCAGAGUUCAGUUGUUGGUUACAAGAAAGUGUCUGUCACCGUGUCCAGGAGGAAGUGAGCUCUCUGAAUGAUUCGAGUUACCUCGAACACAUUUUCUCACUCUUGACUGGGCGACAACUGGAUGGAGCUGUGGAAAUGGCUGUUUCUAAAGGAGAUGUUAGACUAGCUUGUUUGUUGAGUCAAGCUGGAGGGUCUACAGUAAACCGUACUGAUGUUGCACGACAGCUUGAUCUUUGGAGGAUCAAUGGGCUAGAUUUCAAAUUCAUUGAAAAGGAAAGAAUAAGGCUGUAUGAGUUGCUUUCCGGUAAUGUUCAUGAUGCAUUGAAUGAUGUUAAAAUUGACUGGAAAAGGUUUUUAGGGCUAUUGAUGUGGUAUCGGCUAGCACCUCACACGUCUUUGCCCAUUAUUUUUCAGACAUACCAGCACCUUCUUGAUGAUGAUAAGGCUCCAUAUCCUCUUCCUAUAUACAUUGAUGAAGGACCAGCAGAAGAGGCUGUAAAUUUCACAGGGAGACACUUUGAUCUCUCAUAUUAUCUUAUGCUUCUUCAUGCCAAUGGAGAGGGUGAAUUUGGUUUUCUGAGGACCAUGUUUAGUGCCUUCUCUUCAACAAAUGACCCACUCGACUACCAUAUGAUUUGGCAUCAGCGAGCAGUUUUGGAAGCUGUUGGUGUUUUUUCCUCUAAUGAUCUUCAAGUUCUUGAUAUGGGAUUUGUUUCACAGCUGUUGUGUAUUGGGCAAUGUCAUUGGGCCAUCUAUGUGGUCCUUCACAUGCCAUACCGUGAUGAUUAUCCAUAUCUCCAAGCUACCCUUAUUCGGGAAAUUUUGUUUCAGUAUUGCGAAACUUGGAGUUCAGAUGAAUCACAACGCCAAUUUAUUGAGAACCUUGACAUUCCUCUGGCAUGGUUGCAUGAAGCUAUGGCAGUUUACUUCAGUUACCGUGGGGAUCUCUUGAAGGCCCUUGAACACUAUCUUGAAUGUGCAAAUUGGCAAAAGGCCCAUUAUAUUUUCAUAACUUCAGUUUCCCAUAAAUUGUUUUUAUCGGGCAACCACUCAGAGAUAUGGAGGCUUGCGACUUCAAUGGAGGACCACAAGUCGCAAAUUGAAAACUGGGACUUGGGAGCUGGAAUUUAUAUAUCUUUUUAUCUGAUACGGAGUUCAUUUCAAGAAAAUGAUAAUACUAUGAGUGAACUGGAUUCUCUUGAGAGCAAAAAUUCUACCUGUAGAGACUUCCUUGGUCAUCUGAAUGAGUCUUUGGCUGUUUUUGGUGAUCGAUUGCCUAUUGAUGCGAGGGUAGCAUACUCAAAGAUGGCAGAGGAGAUUAGUGAAUUGCUUCUAUCUGACAUAAGCGAGGGAUCCACACGUGACGCUCAGUUAAGUUGCUUCCACACUGUGUUCGAUGCACCAGUUCAAGAAGACCUCCGCUCAAAUCAUCUGCAGGAUGCUGUGUCUCUCUUUACGUUAUAUCUUUCAGAGAUGGCUGCCUAGUCUGUGUGCCUCCUCCUGCUGUAGAUACAGUUUCAUAAUUAAUUGCAAAAGCAUAGCAUUUUCUGUUGUAAACUUUCUCUUGUUACCAUUUUAAAAGCUUUUAUCAAAAAAUUUACCCAUAAAUUUUAUCAAAGAGAGUCUAAUGACAUUUAUAAUUUUAAAAAGGGAGAUUUAAUUUGCAAGUA